GCUCCGAAAUUAAUUGAACAUACAAGAGCUUUAACAUUAACCCCCCUUGGAACCAUCAGCUUGGAAAUACAAUUAAGACAAUUAAGACACUUUAGUAAUGUCUUUAAAAGUGAACAGUGGUAAUCGUGUAGAUGUGGCAGUGGGACGUCUGACUGUAGCUUGGUUAUGAGGAUGAGUGUCUCUCAGCAGUGAGGUCCAUGCCAGCUGGGACUUGAAAGCCUUAGUAAUCUGAAACAAAAGAAGACAACAACCAGAGGAUGCACAGUAAUAUGCUCAUGCUUAUAAUGGGGAGGGUUGCGAGCAGUUUGAGCAUACUUACCGAGCAGUAAUGCCACGUAUAUAUGUCCCCGGUCUAAUAGGAGAAUGGUAGUGAUUGGAGCGAUUUGACAGCUGACUGCAUCAGCUGGUCACAGCACUAUGCCUACAUGGCCUGACUGAACUAACGCUGUGCUCGAUAGUGUACAGUAGGGAUGCACCGAUACCAUUUUUUAAGGUCCGAGUACGAGUACCGUUACUUUUUUCUAGUACUCGCCAAUACCGAUACCGAUGUCUAUACAUUUAUUAAUUUCUCUUUUUUUUUUUUUUUUUUGUAGUUUUCCAAGCACAACACAGUGAGACUAAUGAAUGUAGGACAGCUUCUUUAUUAUUUCUCUAACGAAAAAAGUAAUGAUUUUUAUGUGCUUGUCACAAACUUAAAGAACAAAAAUUUCACAGUGUCCAAUAACCUUCAAAUGGCAUAAUUACCCAUAUAUAUAAUUGUUGUUAUAUAAAAAGAAAUUUACAAACAAUUUACAAACAAUACAACAAAUACUAUAGAGAUAAAAAUUAAAAUAAACUUGUUUUUCAGAUACAGUAGGUUUAUUUACCAUGUAUACAUUUACUUAACAUAUUUUGUUGUUUUAUUAACAUUAAUGACAAAUAUAGGCUACGGUCCCUUUAAGACCGAAUCCAUGGAUACUGACAUAUAUCCUGUUUUCACCCAAAUGUUUACGUCCACUUAAUCCAUAACCGACUGUAUUUACGUGAGAUAUUCCACACGAUGGACAUUUUGACAACUACGUGUGCAUUUGACCAUUCAGGCGCAAGGAGGACCGAUCACGCGCUGUCUGAGAGAACUGGGAUUGCGCAAGAAAGAGAGAGAGAGCGCGCGCAAGAAAGAGAGAGCGUGCUUCUGGUCUGUGUCAUUCUGCGCGAUUCCGCCUAUCCCGCCUUCACUAAUCGAUAACGAAUUGUGAUUGAAAGCAUGCAGUUCGCAAUGUGUGUGUUGUCAUUAAUUUUUAAGUAUUUCCACACCUCUGAGGCUGACAUUGUUUCUGCUGCUGCCGCCGGUGUCUGUGCAUGGAAAAUUCUGUCAGUUACGCCAUGUGAGGUUUCGGUCUUUGGUAUCGGGAGUAUUUUUACGAGUACAAGUACAAGUAUAUGAGCUUAGUAUCAGCCCGAUACAGAUACUAGUAUCGGUAUCGGUGCAUCCCUAGUGUACAGUUUACUAGGGGUGGCAUAAUUUACGUACUGACCCAUCUCACUCACUCCCUGUCAUAGUCAGAGAUUAAGCAGGAUCUACAUUGCUUUACCCCAAAAUCAUGGUGGUCAUUUCAAUGAAAUAAGGUGUUUACUGUUACUGAUCAUUUCCAACUAUAGUUUAAUAAAAAAUCAACCCUCCAUGGACAACCCUCUUUUUCUGUAAAUUAAUAAUUAAAAAAAGAUUAACAAUAAAUACUAUUAAAAACCUGUCACUGGUGAGUGAAAUAACAAAUUACUAGCCAAUGGCUAAUGACAGACAUUAUUUAAUCACUUGGUGCAACAUUUGGUUAAAAAUGUUCAUAAUAAUGCACUGUGGAAAAUCUUAAGUGAGACUACCAACCCAGCCCAGGAAAAGCUACUCUAUAUAUAUAUUUAGAUUGGCCUCUAUUUGAGGGUUUUGGCGCUGGAUUCUGACUCCACUCUUUGUCCUGGACCUCUCCGUUGUCCUAUUCGGGCUGAGCUCCAAGAAGGAUUCUCUGAAGCUAAUGAGGUCCAAGUCCAGGUCCUCCCUGUCCAUCCCUCCCAGAGAAAGCCUAAUCCCGUUAGCUGUGCUUUCUCAUGGAUAAUCCCUCCACUUCCCCACCUGCCUGUCCUUGAGCCCUCAGCCUCUCUCUGGGAUGACUGUCUUCUGCUGAACACUUCAGCAUGUUUAGCUGGGUGAUAAAAGUUGUUCCCCAGCCUCCAGCGUCUCCUGGAAAACUGGGAGAGGAGGACCAGACCAAUGCGUCCACAGCAGCAGAAGUGACGAAAAAAGAGGACGUACAACAAGAUGCCAACCCUUCCAAGUCAAAGGAGGAGGUCUCAGAGGAAAACAGCUCUCAGAAUGGGGUUUUGAGUUGGCUUUCUCAUGGGUUCAACAGUGCUCUCCCUCAGCCAGUGAAUGCCUCUAAACUGGGCAACUCUGAAAUUAAGCAAGAGGGAAAUGCAGUGAGCAACAGGGCUGGAAUGAUAGGAUGGAUUGUGCAGGGACUGGGAAAAGUGGUUCCACAGCCUGAUGAGAAAUACAAGGGUCACACAGAGCCAGAGGAGGUCACUGAGGUGCAAGAGAUCAAAGACAUUCGUGAUGCUGAGCCACUGCCUCAUAUUCCUGUGGUGGAGGUUGUGUCUGAUGAGGAGCCAGACGCUGCUAACGUGCCCUUCUCUCCCAGGGUAAUAGAAUGGAUUAAGCAUGGUUUUGAGAAGGUAGUCCCUCAGUCUCCAAUCCAUCUUCGUCCUCCCGCUGGUACGGAAACACUUGUCCAGAGGGCUGCUUCUGCUCCUGUGACACCCUGCAAACAAGAGCCAGCACCUGAACCAACACCUGCUCCUGCACCUCCGCCUGCACCUGCACCAGCACCAGCACCAGCACCUCCACCUACACCUGCAGCCCCACCUGCACCUGCAUCAGAACCUGCACCUGCAGCUCCUGAGCAACCUAAAGUAGUUGAGGAUUCCAAAGGCUCAAAUAUGGUUGGCUGGAUUGUACAGGGGUUUGGACGCAUGAUGCCCCAACCAGUACUGAAACCAAAAGAGGACAGCUCUGAUAUCGUUCAAAACGUCUGCAUCCUGCAGGAUCCGUGUGAUAUGGUGCUGGAGGAGGUGGACUCAGACUUGGAGGCCCAAGAGAGGGAGCAGGGCUCGGGGCAGAACGUCCAGGCUGAGGAGCAGGUGCAGCAGGAUAGCUCCCUGCUGCAGGUGAUACCCAACAUCCUGCCACACGUGCUGGCCAUGCAGGAGCAGGAGGACGCGGAGACGCAGACUGAACGCUGGACGCCUCUUAUUGAGAGCAUCAAGAAGGAAGCGGAGGAGACUGCCAUAGCAAACAUAGAGGAGAGACUGGAGCAGGAACGCGUGGAGGCAGCUCGCAUGGCGGAGGAUCUGGCCCGACAGGCUGCAGAAAUGGCCGUCAGACAGCUGGAGGAAGAACACACCACUCAGAUCAUCAUUGAUACGAAAAACGAAGAGCCAGACAAUGAUGAUCAGAGCCUGGUGGAUGUCUGCCCGGCGGAGCCGUCGCCACACGAGUCUGAGGUUUCAGAUCACCCACCCCAAAGUCCACCGCCUGUGACCACUCAGCCUGAGCGCUCCACAUCUUUACCUCCUGAUGCUGACCAGGAAGAGGAACCUCCUGAAGAAGGAUGUGGAGAAAGCAGCCAUUUGAAGACCGUUCCCAAAAUCAUCGUCCCACCAGAGUCAGAGUCAAAUCUGAUGGCCCACAGCAAAGUUGUGGAUUCAGAACUGCCUCAGGAGCAGACGGCUCCUGGUGCGGAAGAUGAGGACAGUCGAAUGGAUCCGAACAUGACUGAUCUACUCAGUGUGGGCGAAGGCCUUGAGCGGCCAAUGUCUGCGGCCAGUCAAACAAGUAUAGUUGUGAAUGAGCGACUGCAGGACCUGGUCAAGCUGUUUAAGGGGCGAACAGAACGUGCAAGAGAUAAACUGACUGAUCCAGAUGAUUCUGAUGAGGAAAGCCCUUCGGCAUCUCCAGCCAAAAAGCCUGCAGAUGCCCCGCCUCCUCCACCACCUCCUCCAGAGGAAAAGAAAGACGUUGAAGAGGCGGCUGAAGAGGAGGUGAAAAUCUAUGAGUUUAUGGGAUACAAGUUCCCAGUUCCUCAGUUGAAAAUGCCCCAGAUUCCUGAUUGGCUGAGAGUUAUACUGGAGUACCGUUUCCCGUCCAGCAUUGAUCCCUACACAGAUUUGAUCUACGUGGUGUGGCUGUUCUUUGUGACGUUUGCGUGGAACUGGAAUGUUUGGCUGAUCCCUGUGCGCUGCACUUUCCCGUAUCAGACCCCUGAGAACGUUCACUGGUGGCUGCUGAUGGACUACCUCUGUGACACCAUUUACAUUCUUGACAUCGUGGUCUUUCAGCCCAGGCUGCAGUUUGUGAGAGGAGGAGACGUUGUGUGUGACAAAAAAGACAUGAGAGAGAACUACAUGCAAACAGAGCGAUUUAAGAUGGAUGUGAUCAGUCUCUUUCCACUGGAUGUCCUGUACGUCUUCACAGGUGUCAAAUCACUCUUGCGGUUUCCUCGCCUUCUAAAGUACAAUGCAUUCUUUGAGUUUAAUGAUCGUCUGGAGGCUGUGAUGAGCAAAGCAUACAUUUACAGGGUGAUCCGGACGAGUGCGUACUUGCUGUACUCUCUGCACUGUAAUGCCUGUAUUUUCUAUUGGGGUUCUGACUAUGAAGGACUGGGUUCUACUAAAUGGGUCUAUAAUGGCAAAGGAAACAGUUAUAUUCGCUGCUACUACUUUGCUGUGAAGACUCUGAUCACCAUCGGAGGUUUGCCUGAUCCCACCACUGUCUUUGAAAUCGUCUUCCAACUGGUCAACUACUUCGUUGGAGUCUUUGCUUUCUCCAUCAUGAUCGGUCAGAUGAGAGACGUAGUUGGAGCCGCCACAGCAGGUGAGGCCUAUUACAGACAGUGUGUGGACAGCACCGUCAAAUACAUGACCUCCUACAGGAUCCCCCGCGAGGUCCAGAACCGAGUGAAGACCUGGUACGACUACACCUGGAAGUCGCAAGGCAUGCUGGAUGAACAGGAGUUACUUAUACAGCUGCCAGAUAAGAUGCGUCUGGACAUCGCAGCAGAUGUAAACUACAGCAUUGUCAGUAAAGUGGCGCUCUUUCAGGGAUGUGACAGACAGAUGAUAUUUGACAUGCUCAACAGGCUGAAAUCUGUGGUGUACCUUCCAGGAGACUCUGUUUGUAAAAAAGGUGAGAUCGGCCGAGAGAUGUACAUCAUCAAAGCUGGAGAGGUGCAGGUGGUUGGAGGGCCUGAUGGGAAGACGGUGUUUGUGACUCUUAGAGCUGGUUCUGUGUUUGGGGAAAUUAGUUUGCUGGCAGGUGGUGGUGGGAACCGACGAACAGCUAACGUAAAGGCCCAUGGUUUUGCUAACCUCUUCAUCUUGGAUAAGAAGGACCUGGCAGACAUCUUAGUGCACUACCCCGAGUCCCAGAAGCUACUGCGCAAGAAGGCCAAGAAAAUGUUGACCAAAGAUAAGAAGCCUGCAGAUGAGAAGGUUAAAGAGACGGGUGAGGUCAUCACUCAGCGGCCAGAGACACCCAAACUCUUCAAGGCUGCCCUGGAGGUUGCUUCAGGACAAACGUUUGCCAAGUUGAAGGAGGCAUAUAAGGGAGCAACUCUAGAGCCGUCGACCUCCACAGGUCCAGUGCCCCCUCCCUCCCCCAUGCACCGCCGUUCGCCCAUUCCCCGGCCUCGUGUACCAGAUGAAGAUGACAUGGUAUCAGAGACCACUGACAGCACCAUGGUCAUCCGCAUGACUCCCCGCGUUGAGGGAGAGGAGAUCCUCUCCGUGGAGGUCGGUCCUGGAGAGGGGGUGGAAGUGGAGGAGGAAGAGCUGAGCAAAACUGAAGACAAGUGAGAGAAAGGAAGAGGGCAAGGACAGAGCAGAGUAGGGAUAGAAAGCCUGAAGAAAAGCCCAUCGCAUAAAACCCUUGUCAUGCUUUCUGUAUUAGUGUGUUGGUGAAAUUCCUACACAUGCUUUUCAGCCAGGUCAUGCCAAACAUGUUUUCAAGACUCUUGUAGAACCCUUUGGAGAACCUCUGGAUACCUAUUCAAAAAGGACAGUUCCCUAAGGAACCCAUAAGUUCCUGCAAGAACUCUUAGGGCUGUCAAUGGUUCUUCUAGUAACCUCAUCAUAAGACAUUUUUUAGGCAUACUGACAGUGAUACACGAUAUCUGAAGCACUUCCAUUUGCAUAGAGGUUCUCGAGAGGUGAAAAAUAUACAAUUUUUACAACCACACUACUUUCUAAAUAAUAUUAUAUGAAGGUGAAGUGCAUCUGGGGAGUAUUCCAGAAAGAAGGGUAAACUUACUGUCAUAUAAACCCCGAUGAUAAACCCGGUUGAUAAACCCUAACCUUUCUUACUUAGUUAUUGGUUCCAGGAGUAAGUUCAGUCAAAUCAAAGUAUGUUCACGGUAAACACACAAAAACAUUCUCAACAGGAGUCACCAAGGAAAUGGACACUAAGAAGAAGCAAUUUAUGCUGCGUUCACACCAUGACGUAAUUACCGUAAGCUCGAGAUGACAACACGCGAUGUUCUAUUUUGAGCUAUUCACCUCCUUAGACUAUGAAUUAUGCAUUUCUAUGGUGACACUAUCAACGUCUAAAUGAAUCUGCAGCAGUCAGGUGGUACAUCAGUCAUGUGAUACAAGUAGGAGCUCUCAGAAAAAGGAUGUCAACGCUUUUUACAAGUUGAAAUCUUGAAAUUAUAGUAAUUUCACCUUUACUUAUCCUUCUUUUGUUUAUUGGCAAUUUACAUUCUUAGUGCAUAUCGCCAUCUACUGAGCAGUUGUGCAAUCAUUUUUUUUGAUCAUGUUCUAAAGCCCAAAGUAUACUUCCGUUUUUUUUUUACAUGUAAGCGCACUGUCGAACACACAGCUUUGCAAAGUAUACUUCAUUUGACUCGUACACAGGCAUUUUGAGCAAUCUCUCGCCAUGAUUUACAACCCAUAUAAAUAUCUUUGUAUUCUUUCAUCAUGCUAGAGUUGUACAAAUGAGGGUACUUUCUAACCUCUUCACACAAUCUCGUCUAUGUAUACCUCCAUUGUCACUGUAGCUCGCAUGCGUUCCGGUCUGUUCUGUUUAUGCAGUUUUUCUUUGACUACCGUGUGAAUCGACGCCCCCAGGGCAUGGUUGCCACCUUGUGGAUAAACUAAUUACUGCAAAAAAUUAAAAUCCGGCGGUCCGCGUACAGUACGCGCAUAGUCUUCUGAUGACGAAAUUCAUGUGCACUGUACACUGACCCUCGCAUAUGCAUAAAAAGUGAAGUAUACUUUGGGCUUAAUCUAUAAUCAUUUUUUUGUUACUGUAAACUAGAAUUUUUAGUUUAUUUGAAGCUAAAUAUCUGAAUUAAAAAGACUGAUUGAACAAAAAAAAAAACUGCUUGCAAAGAUAAUAUGGCUUUAUGAAUUUGUUAGUCACAUGUAUUUUUUAUAUUUAUUUUUUAUAUUUUUAUUAUUAUUAUAGAAAUACAUUAUGCAGAAAACCUUUUAAAUGCAGAUCCACGAUGUGUGAGAUGAGAAUAAAACAGUUAAAUUAGAGUUAUAAAAUAAAAUAGAAUAAACUUUGCUUUAUGUUAUAAUAGUGCUUUAUAAUUAUUUUUUAUAACUAUAUAAUAUAAUGUGAAAUCUGUCAUGCUCACUGAAGCCUCAUCAGUAGGGCACAAAUGCGUUGAAUACCUCUGAAGUAAACUAACUCUGGAACAUAACCUGCACCGGCUACUUACAUACCCUCUAAGUUACCUCAGUUUUGGAAUCGAAAGUUUAUAUGUUAACUUAUCUGUAAACUUACCCAGGUAUGUGGCAUAACCUGCUUUCUGGAAUACGCCCCCUCCCCCCACAACAUUACUCAGACUCUCCUCCAAACUGCCAUUGGUCAGAUAAACGGAUAGCCCCGCCUCAAACUCUCACCAUUGGUUGAGGCAGUGUUGCUGUUUUGAAAGCUCCACAGUGUUUACAUUUGUGUGGAAUGAACCCGUUUGCUCACCUGUCAUUGUAUAUUAAGGUGAGAUAGCUAAAAGUAUUUUAGCAUGGAAAAAUGACACACAUCACCUUUUACUUCCCUUUAAGGACUGUGAUAGAUAUUUAGGACUGAAGGGCCAUUAGGGUCAGCAGAACUCCCUGUGUAAUGGAAAGUAAUCUUGACUAUUUUCCACAGCACAUGCUGCUCUAACUCCAAGACUGCCUGCUGCUCUGCAUCUCAUUCCAACAUCCUGUCUGUUAUUGCCUUAGCGGAUUCCCUCUGUACACAUGCUCUUGUGCACACAUUUACACAAUGACCUUGUACAGUUAUGUCUAGUCAAACUAUAUAUGUUAAAUAUAUAAUUCACUGAAAAAUGAAAAUCCUGACAUCAUUUAUUCAGCCUCAUGUCGUUCCAAACCGGUUUGACUUUCUUUCUUCUGUGGAACAUUAAAGUGGUUUAAAAUAUUUUAAUGUAUUACAACAUUAAAAUAUUUUGAGAAAUGGAAAUCAGUGUUUUGUUUUGUUUUGUUUUUCCAUACAAUGGAAGUCAGUGGUCACCAAAAGUGUUUGGGUGAGUGAAUGAUGGCAGAAUUGUCAUUUUUUAGGAAACUAUCCCAUUAACAUGAUCCCAUUAUCCCAUUAAUUUCUGUCUGGUCACAUUAAAUACACAUUAACAUUGAAUGAGCUGUGGUGUUACAAAGUAAUGUUGUGCUACAUUACCAUGUAAAGGGGAUUUUCAUGCUUUACUGAUUGAAUAUAACUGUUACAUUUCUUUUAUUAGGCGAGUCUAUAAAGCUGAACAAAUUUGUUAUGGUCUCUCUCAAAAGACUUGUGAAAGUCACAUGGUGAAAAUACCCCGCUGAGAUUUCCGUGUGCUUUGAUAUGUACUACGAGUACUAAUCAAUUAUGAAUGAUUUUUCGUGUUUCCAGGUCAGUUCAUGCUGAACUACUAGUGUGAAUGGACACCAAAGAAUCUAUAAAUGGAAAGUUACUGCGUACUUUUAAUUUUAUUUGUUGAGAAUCCUUCAUUUGCGUCUCAGAAAGCCCUCAUUUCUUUGUAUGAGGCUGAAGAAUGGGCAAGAAUUAGGUUGAUUGUAUGUAAUAGGUGGUCUAUUUUUGUAUACAGAAUCAUAAGCAAAAUUGCCUGAGCCCUGUGACGGGACCCACUAAUUACUCUUACAUUGCUUUUUGGUCCUUGGAGAUGGGGCCAACCCAUAAAGAUUUUGUACCGGGCGCUGUGACUUUAAACUGAUAAAACCUGGAUGUAUGUGGAAAAAAUCAAAAGUGAAUUCUUGUAAAAUGGGUCUAAAUGCUCCUGGAAAUCACUUAUCCAAGUCAGACACUGACUCUGACUUACACACUGACAGGAAGAGCACAGGAAGAAUGAGGAUUUUUUUCAUUGUUCCUUUCUUGCUCCACAAGACCAGAGGCAGGAAAUAUAAAGGCGGGAAUCUGAGGGACAAUCCUGGGUUUGUUAAGUGACUGCUGAACAAUCAGGUCCACACUUUACAGCAGCAUGCAGGAGCUGUUAAAGGGGUAGUUACCCAAAAAAUGAAAAUUCUGUCAUUUACUCACGCUUUUUCUUCUGUGGAACGCAAGAGAAGAUAUUUUGGAGAAUAUAUCAGUGUUUUUAACCAUACAAUCAAAUUCAGUGUGAUCUAAUGGUGUUUUGGACCCCUUUUUAUAUUCAUUAUAUGGACAAAAACAGUUUAAACAUUCUUCAAAAUAUUGGAAAAAGGAGAGUCAAACAGGUUUGGAACGACAUGUUGGGUGAACUGUUCCUUUAAGAUCAUUCGUGUGUCAGCUAGUGAAUUCAAUGAACUGCAAAAUAUAAGUCAAUACUAAGGGUUAAACUCUUGAAUAUAACAGAAUCAUUUUCCAUAUUUUUGAAAAGCUGUUUAUCUUGCAGCUUGAAAUGUAGUUUUGCUUCCUUUGUUAAUUUAAUACCUUUUUUUUUUUCAUUGAAAAAUAUGGAAAAUGUUACAAAUCAUUUUUAAAAUGUUGUGUUUAUUAUGGGUCUCUUUUCCAUAAAUCAGUCAAAAUUUGUUUAUUGGAUGUAGAAUAUUAUUUAAUUAUUUUUUAUCAAAAAAAUAUUUUCUUUAACAUUUUGAAAUCACUCAAAUUUGGGUUGUUUUCAGGUUUAAAUAAGACUGGAGUUUGAAAUCCCAGCUUUUUUUUACGGUCUCAAACUUAUAGACUCUAUGCAUUGUAUAUUUGUUUAGGUGUCUAUUAUGUAAAAGCUCAAGCUUAUUAAAAAUGGUGUCCAGCAACAUGCCUCUUUAAAAUGUAUCCACAAACAUGUUGUGUAAAAUACUUUUGAUAACAUCUUUGAACACAUUUUACUUGUAGCUUUUAAAUAAAAGACAUUUAUCUUACCUACAGUGACAGUUUUUGUAGUAGGGUGUCUUUUUAACAUCAGGAGGGCUGACUAGUUUGAGUUAAUGAGGACUGAAGUGGCCUGUAGUCUCUAAUAGGAUGGGAAACGCGUUCAUUUUUCCUGUAUGAACAGGAGGAGCGUUUGCGUCACUGCAGUCAGCUGUGUGCGCGCGUCUCGUGCUGCAUGUUUCACUCAGGCGUGUUUAUCUUCACUUCACGAGACACUACUAAACUUUCAGCUCUUCAGACCUUGAGACUGAACACUGCUUUUUCAACAAGAGGAUAAAAGAGUGGAAUAAAACUUGAAGGAAACGGUUUGAGGAGGAAACGGGGCGGAGGAAGGAGUUUGGCGUGCUGGCCUGAGACCAGAGGUGUGGGACUUCACCAGCGACGCAGGAGCAGCCAGGCUGUGACCGUUUGGAGUUUGCCCAGUUGUAUAGACCACAAGUUGGGAUAAAGACUAUCAAAACCAGUCAUUAUGAAAGGAGGAGUGGUUUGACCUGUGAGAGUUUUGUCCCUGCAAUCCAACGACUGUAAAAAAUACAAUAAAACCAUUAGUGACGCAAGAGGAGGUGAAGAUUUGUUGGAUAUCAGCUUGUGACAAAGGUGAUUACAACUCUUUUUGGAUGAAGAAUUUCGUGAUUACUCAGUCGAUCUGAUUUCUGUG